AGUUGCUGGACUGCGCCACAACAAGUGCAACGCCACCGAGCUCAUAUAGACCUUCCGUGACCGUCGCUGAGCGACGCAAUGCCAUCGAGCGACUAUGGACCCUCUCAGUGUUACCGCAAACGUAAUUACGGUAUUGCAGGUCGCCAACUCCAUCAUAACAAUAUGUUACGAAGUUCGUUCAGCUCUCAAGCAGAGUCCUUGGUCCCUAACCAGAAUUAUCGACGAGAUAAGGGACCUUCGAAAUGUGUUGGAGAGCUUAGAGCAGGUCUGCCGCGCGCUCGAUACAUCAAAAGAGUCUGACACCGCACGUUUCCGCACAUUUCAACUACUAUGCGAGUCCGAGACCAGCCCGUUAACUCGCUGCCUCCAGGAGCUAUCAGAUCUAGAGAAGAAGAUCAACUCCGGCAAGCAAACUCCUGGAAAGCAAACUCUUUUGGCGAAAGCGCGAGUGUUCACCCAGGUUAUGGGCUGGCAGCUGAAAGAAGGUGAUGCGAAAGUAUGUCUAGAAAGAAUAGAGCGGUGCAAAAAUACCAUACUCCUGGCGUUGACCGCGGAUGAAACAGCUCUGCUCCUUGACAUCAGGAAGAUGACCAUCUCCCUGAACGAGACCACAGACCACGUGCAUGGCAAUGUUUCCAAGCUCCUCACUAGGAUAGAGAGCGCAGAACUAGAUGAUCGAUCCCGAGCUCUUACACAUUGGCUUGCUCCAGUAGCGCCUUGGGAGAGCCAUGAAGCAGCUGCCUCUGCAAGGAAAUCUGGGACAGGCGGCUGGUUCAUCGAGUCGAAGGUGUUUCAAGCCUGGGCUGUGUCUGGUAAUGCUGGACUAUGGCUGAGCGGCUUUCGUAUGUAACACCGUGACAUCAGAAGUGACCGUGCUGACAUCUCCGCUUAGCUGGGUCUGGCAAAACUAUUCUCUUCGCAAACGUCAUCCAGUCUCUGGAGAGUUUACUGCCUUCUUUGCCACAACCCACGCUGGCGGCAUUCUUCUAUUG